AUGGUUACUGACGCGCCGAGAUUGGGAGCCAGCGGAGAGUCACUGGACCUGCGAACGCUGUCGGAAAAGGGCGGCCCGAAAGGCACAUCGCUCCUGAUCGAGCCUCCGAGGCCCGGACACGCGUUUGGUCAAGUGGUGCGCGCUCAGUGUGGAUCUGGCGAGAUGCCUGGGAACUGGGGUGCCAUGCAAGUCGGGGGCGGGGCGGUUGUAGAACCAGCUGGCGACAGUCUUGAUCAUUUGUAUCACGCUUGGAAGAGUGAAACCAUGGAGUCGCCGUUUGCGUUCGAGGCCUCUGGAGACCAGGGAACUGUUCAGCUGUCGACAUUACCCUGCAGCGGAGGGGUUGUGAUGAAGUCACCGUCGACCAGCAGCUCCGGAGUGAUGCUUGUCAAUAGUGGGCACCUGAACACAGUCGCAUCUGCCAACCUUCAGGGAACCCACAGUGGUGGUGUUGUGUCUCCCCACUCAACGAGUGUUGACUCAGACAAAAGUUCCACCAUCGCUGACGUGGAGAUGCUGCUUCCCCAGACACCUCUGAUAAAGGCUGAGAGGAAGCGGGGGCCCGAGAUCCCUAUCGAAUCGGUGGAACAGAUGACAGCAAAGAGCAUGCUGCUGCGACAAUACCAGAGUGGCUCGCCGGGGCUGAUGUUCCAAGCAAAGAGGAUGCACUCUGCCGAUGGAUCGAUCGGUUCUGUGAACCAGCCUGCCUCAGGAGCUUAUCUCCCAACAAGUGGCCUUCAGUUUUCAGCAGCAUUGGUACCACCCAAUGUUUCGAACGGCAUGCUCUUGGACAACAAGCACAUCAUCGCACCAGCAACUGUCGCUUACAAUGCCCUGUAUGGGCAGCAGCUGCACAACCUUGUUCCAAGAACCAGCAGGAGCAGCCCAGUUUCACCAAGGGAGAUGGUCAACCAGCAGGUCCAGUUUGGGAUAGCACAAAUGCCUGCCAGCAAUGCCCAGGCAGUCGUUGCUGCUCAGGCUGCGAUCCAGCAGUCCCAGGGUACGAGUGCCAGAUCCAUGGCUUUGGAGGCAGUCAGGUCUGGCAUCCUUGGCACUGAGAGCGGCCUGGUGAGGGCCAUACCUGCGAGACUGAGCCCUGUUGGGAGGGCUAUGCAGGCACCACAGGUGUUCUCUGGGCACGCACUGGGCCACACUGGUCUUCCGAGUUUUACCGAGGGCUAUGGCCACCUGGAAGACAGCACAGGGCACUGUCCACCAAAGAGACGGGUCCAGCGCAAGAGGGAGAACCUGCCCAAGGAGUCCACAGCACUGCUGAAGCAGUGGCUGCUUUCUCACAUGCUCCUCCCAUACCCAGGGAACGAAGAGAAGCUUGCACUUUGCCGUGCAACCAACCUGGACAUGGCCCAGAUCAACAACUGGUUCAUCAAUGCCCGUGUGCGAAUCUGGAAGCCUCUGGUACAGAAAGUCUUUGACAAGUAUGAACCUGUGCUGAGGAAACAGGCAGAGGAGGAGAAAGACGAACAGCAGCUGAAGCGUAUUCACGAUGCUCGCAAGUCGUCCACAUUGAACAUGAUUACUCUGCUCUCUGGGCUUCCAGAGGCCAGAAAGGAAUUGGAUGAGAUAGCCUCCAAGUCAAAGGCCCUGAGCAAGGACAGCUGA